AUGACGGAGAUGCGAGUGUUCUUGUUUGGGAACCAAGCAUUGGUCAAUCGUGCCCAGAUACAACAACAACUGGUCGAGAGUAGAGGCAACCCCUUCCUCGGCCUUCUUUUGCAGAGAUGCAGCGAUGCUCUCAGACAUGAAAUUUCCCAACUCUCCCCCUUGGAGCGAAAAAGCAUCCCAGCCUUUAAUACCAUCGACGAGCUCAAUGACCGUGCCAGCAACAGCGAUGCCCAUGAGGGGGUGCAGAACGCUCUAUUAUGUAUCUCCCAACUAGCGCGAUAUGUUGGGGGCAUCCGUGGUCGGGAUAGCAUGGGCUUGGAAUCGUGUGUUGUCGGUCUGUCCACUGGACUGCUGGCUGCAGCGGUGGUGGCCUUAUCACCAACAAUACCUGCUCUCAUGCCUUUGGCGGUGGAGGCCGUCUUGAUCGCUUUUCGACUUGGUCUGCACGUCAAGACCGCAGCCAGUAAUAUCGAGAUGUCGCCUGUUCAUGAUGAUGACUCCAGCUGGUCUUAUAUCGUCCCUGGAAAGACAAAGCCCGAAGCACAGGAUGCUUUGGACGAUUUUCAUCAAAAUAAGACGAUACCGCAGUCUCAUCGAGCAUAUGUUGCUGCCUUCAGUGCCGAUUCUGUGACGAUAAGCGGACCGCCAACAACAUUGAAGCAACUCUUUCAGACAUCUUCGGCGUUGACUUCGAAUCAUGCAGCGAUACCAGUCUACGGACCUUAUCAUGCACCACACCUACACAAAGGCGUCGACAUAGAUCAAAUCCUACACUCGAAAGACUCAAAGACUUCCGAUCUACUCUCCGCUUACAGUCUAGCCCUACCUUUGAUGUCGACAAGCAGCGGUGUAUGCUUCGACAGAAAUCUCGAUGCGCCAACACUGUUUACUGCUGUCAUUCGAGAUAUUCUGACGGAGACUCUCAGUAUUCAACGGAUUGUUGAUGGGUGCACCAAGUUGGCCACGGAAACGGACUGUGGGGAAUGCAACAUCAUCUCGUUCGGGCCUAGCAACUCGAAGAGUAUGUUCGCAAAAGCGAUGGAGUCCGAGAAGGACUUCAAAGUGACUCUACAUGAAGACCUGGCAGCCAAACUAUCCGAGGCGCCUUCAGCCUUCGGCGAUGCGCCAAGAACAUCGAAGAGACCAAAGCUUGCCAUUGUUGGUAUGGCGGGCAGGUUCCCUAACGCAGCCGACCAUGAAAAGUUUUGGGAUUUGCUUGAAGCUGGUCUGGAUGUUCACAAAAGGAUACCUAAGGAUCGAUUCAAUGUGGACACUCAUUAUGAUCCGACAGGCAAAAUCCGAAAUACAAGUCAUACCCCUUUUGGCUGCUUCAUCGACGAGCCUGGACUUUUCGAUCCUCGAUUCUUCAACAUGUCUCCUCGUGAGGCAACUCAAACAGAUCCGAUGCACCGCUUGGGUCUGGCAAGCGCAUACGAGGCCCUCGAAAUGGCCGGCUAUGUACCCAACAGAUCCCCAUCUACCAGGCUGGAGCGAAUUGGAACCUUUUACGGUCAGACGAGUGACGACUGGAGAGAAAUCAAUGAAGCGCAAGACAUUGAUACCUACUUUAUCACUGCCGGAGUCCGAGCAUUCGCACCUGGAAGGAUAAACUACUACUUCAAGUUCAGUGGUCCCAGCUUCAGCGUUGAUACCGCUUGUUCUUCCAGUGCCGCAGCUAUGCAGUUGGCAUGUACUUCUCUGUGGGCCGGUGAUUGUGACACCGCGGUCGCUGGCGGCCUCAACGUGAUGACCAACUCCGACAUUUUUGCUGGUCUCAGCCGAGGACAGUUUUUGUCCAAGACAGGCAACUGCCAGACUUUUGAUAACGAUGCAGAUGGCUAUUGCCGCGGUGACGGUAUUGGGACGGUGAUCCUGAAACGACUCGACGACGCCCUUGCCGACAAUGAUCGCAUCCUGGGUGUCAUUCUCGAGACUGCCACGAACCACUCCGCUAACGCAAUCUCCAUCACCCAUCCUCACGCACCCACGCAGGAAGUACUGUUCAAAAAGGUCAUGGAUGACGCUGGAAAAGACCCACACGAUGUGAACUACGUUGAAAUGCAUGGCACUGGUACACAAGCAGGGGACGGCACGGAAAUGCGCUCUGUCACCAACGUCUUUGCGCCUGCGUCUCGCACAGGCCAGAGGAAGAAGCCCCUUCAUCUUGGUUCCGUCAAGGCCAAUGUCGGUCACGGAGAGGCCGUAUCGGGCGUGACUGCCAUGAUCAAAUGCCUCCUCAUGCUGCAAAAGAACCAGAUCCCACCUCAUUGCGGGAUCAAGAAAACAAUCAACCAAAGCUUCCCCCAAGAUCUGAACGCACGCAAUGUGCAUAUUGCAUUCAAGCCGACGCCAUUAGCCUCAAGCGAUGGUUCCGCAAGGCUCAUCUUCGUCAAUAAUUUCAGUGCUGCUGGUGGCAAUACUGCUAUGCUCUUGGAGGACGCGCCGGCUCGGCCAGCUCUCAAAGACGACGGUCGCGGUGACCAUGUCAUCACAGUCUCAGCGAAAUCAAAGUCCGCCCUCCGUGCGAAUACCAAGAACCUCGUGCACUUCAUCAAGCACAACCCCUACACCCGUCUUCCGGACCUCUCAUAUACCACCACCGCUCGCCGCAUUCAGCACAACUAUCGCAUUGCCUUCGCUUGCGACAGCUUGAGCAAAGCAUCAGAGAUCUUAGCUUCAAAGCUUGACGAUGCAGUUGAGCCUGUAUCCAGCGUCUCUCCAACCAUCGCAUUCGCAUACACAGGUCAAGGCUCCCAUUACACAGCUUUGGGCAAACAGCUCUAUGACAUUUCGAAACACUUCCGCUCCGACAUCGAAAGCUUCGAUAACAUUACUCAAAACUUGGGCUUCCCAUCAUUCCUUUCUCUCCUGAGUGGCGACAUCGACGCCCAAGACUUGUCGCCGUUGAUUGUUCAAGUUGGUCUGAGCUGCAUACAGAUGGCCUUAACACGCCUGUGGGCAUCAUGGGGUGUCAAGCCAGACGUCGUCAUUGGCCACAGCUUGGGAGAAUAUGCUGCCCUCAACGCAGCAGGUGUUCUGUCCGUCUCGGAGACGAUCUACCUGGUCGGCGAGCGAGCGAAGCUUCUGCAAGAGAAGUGCACUGCCAAUUCACACGCUAUGCUCGCCACCAAGUCUGCCACCAGCUUGCUCAAAGAGUCAUUUGCCGACUACCCAGGCGUUGAGGUUGCCUGCGUCAACGGAGCCCGAGAGACUGUUCUCGGUGGCACCGUCAACGACAUUGACCAAGUCGCAGAGAAAUUGUCAAAUCAAGGUACCAAGUGCACCAAACUCAACACUCAAUUUGCCUUCCACUCAUCCCAGGUGGAUCCUAUCCUCGUCGACUUUGAGAACAAGGCCAAAUCCGUGACGUUCAACAAGCCGCAAAUUCCUGUCAUAUCGCCACUACUAUCGAGUGUCCUGAGUGAGAGUCACAGCAUUGACGAGCACUACCUGAGCAGGCAUGCUAGGGAGACAGUCAAUUUUGUCGGAGGCAUGGCGGCAGCUCAGCAGCUUGGUCUCAUCAACGAUCAGACUGUGUGGGUCGAGUUGGGCCCUCAUCCAGUCUGCAUGAGUUUUGUCAAGCAGGAGCUUGGUCAUGAUGUUCUCACCGCACCAUCGCUCCGCAAAGGCACAGCUCCUUACAAGACUCUCUCGGACAGCUUGGCGAUGCUGCAUACCAACGGAAUUUCCAUCGACUGGAACGAGUAUCACCGUGACUUCAUUGAGUGCGUCCAAAUGUUGGAUCUUCCGACAUACGCCUUUGAUAACAAGAAUUACUGGAUCCAGUAUACCGGGGACUGGAACUUGCACAAAGGCCAAGUCUUGGGGCUCGCGGCAUUGCCUGCGAUUGAAGCAGCACCAAAGUUAUCGACGACGACUGUUCACAAGGUCAUCUCAGAAGUCGUGGAGCAAGACAAGGCAACAGUCGUGAUCGAAUCGGACAUCUCUCGCCCGGAUCUGCUUGCUGCCAUAAGCGGCCACGUGGUGAAUGGCACCGCACUUUGUCCUUCAUCGAUUUACGGUGAUAUGGCAAUGACAGUGGCAGAACACUUGUACAAGCUUGUCCGACCGGAUACCGAGACCGUCCACAUGAAUGUCUGCCACAUGGAGGUAUUCAAGCCCUUCAUCGCAAAUGAUGGUGGCAAAGGCCAAACGCUUCGGUUGUCUGCCACUACACCGGACAUUACCACAGGUCGGGCAAAUCUUGUCUUUGCCAGCGGCACCGGUAAGAGCGAGACUCAACACGCCAAGUGUUUUGUCGAUUAUGGCUCAGGCACUGCAUGGCUUGCUGAAUGGCAACGAAACGCCUACCUCGUCAAGGGGCGCAUCGAAAGCCUGAAGAAGGACGCCUCUUCCGGGAAAGCUCAUCGCAUGCUUCGCGGAAUGGCCUACAAGCUCUUUGGGGCUUUCGUCGACUACGACUCCAAGUACAGAGGAAUGGAAGAAGUCAUCCUUGACAGCCCUGAGCUUGAGGCUACUGCUCACAUCGCCUUUCAAACCAAAGAGUCUGACGGGAACUUCGUAUGCAGCCCUUACUGGAUCGACAGUCUUUGUCAUCUUGCUGGCUUCAUCGUCAAUGCCAAUGAUGCCGUGGACUCCAGCAAACAGGUUUACGUUUCGCACGGAUGGGAGUCAAUGCGCUUUGCUGAGCCUAUCAAGGCCGACAAGACCUACCGUUCGUAUGUCAAGAUGCAGCCGCUGCCGGGCAACAUGAUAGCAGGUGACGUCUACAUCUUUGAUGGAGACAGGAUCAUUGGCAUGUGCGGAUCUUUGAAGUUCCAGUGCAUUCCACGCACACUACUCAACACCUUCCUCCCUCCCAGAGGUUUGGCCGUGCAGAAAGCCCCUGUCGCGGCGAAACCAGCUCCCAAAUCGAUCGCAGCGAAACCGGACAAAAAGUCCGCGCCGACAAAGGUGCAAAUGCCAAAGAAGGCAGGUCCUUCAGUCACGACCCAUGUCCUGAAUAUCAUCGCCUCGGAAGUCGGCAUACCCGUCGACGAGCUUGCCGAUGGAAUUGACUUUGCCAACAUGGGUGUCGACUCUUUGAUGUCACUUUCGAUCAGCGGCAGGAUACGUGAAGAACUGGAGAUUGAUGCACCGUCUUCGCUGUUCGUCGACUACCCAACCGUUGGCGCCCUCAAGGGUCAUCUGCUUCAGUUUGGUCCCUCCCAGAGCAUUGAGGCAGAACCGGAGUACUCAUCUGGCAGCACCACUCCAUCAUUAGACUCCGAUGAUAUGUCCUCGCAGGGGUCUGCCGCAACGCCCUUGUCCCCUCCGGAUUCGCCAGGUACCCCAUCGGACUCGGAUUCGUUGUCCAUGAUCAUUCGGCAAACGAUCUCGGAAGAGAUGGGUGUCGACAUUGCCGAACUCUCAGCCGCUGAUGACUUGAGUGCUCUGGGUAUGGACUCGCUGAUGAGUCUAUCCAUCCUGGGAAUGCUAAGGGAGAAGGCUGGCCUCUCCCUGCCAGCCGAUUUCUUGGUGGACAAUCAAACCAUCAAAGCCAUCGAGACAGCUCUCCAUAUCGGCCCUCCUCCACCAAAGCCCCAGGCAAGGUCUAGGCGACCAACCCCCGAACAGGAAGCACCCGUGAUGCAGCUGGCGAAACAAGUCAAGGCACCCACCAUGCGCACACCAAAAGCCAAGAAACCCUCCCUUCCGGACCGCUUCGCUAGCUCCGUUCUCCUCCAAGGCUCUCCCAAAACCGCCGAAAAGAGCUUCUGGCUCGUUCCUGACGGUGGAGGCGCACCCACUUCGUACGUCUUCCUCGGCGAGAUCUCCCCCAAACUCGCCGUCUGGGGCCUCACCUCUCCCUAUUGCAAGACACCCGAGGAAUACAUGUGCGGCGUCGUCGGCAUCGCGACCAAGUUUAUCCAGGAAAUCAAGCGACGCCAACCCAAGGGACCUUAUCACAUCGGAGGCUGGUCCGCUGGCGGGGUCAUCUCCUUUGAGACCGUGCGCCAAUUAGUUGAUAUGGGUGACGUGGUCGAAACGCUCGUCUUCAUCGACACGCCCUGCCCAUUGAUCAUCGAACCUUUACCCGGAACCCUGCACCGCUUCUUCGGCUCCAUCGGUCUUCUCGGGGAAGGCGACGGCGCAAUCGAUCGUCUCCCACCCUGGCUCCUUCCCCAUUUCGCAGCCUCCGUCCACGCUCUUUCCACCUACGACGCCGCGCCCAUCCCCAUGGAAAAAUGCCCCAAAGUCAUGGCCAUCUGGUGCGAAGACGGCGUGUGCAAGGAGGAAAGCGACCCGAGGCCGGACCCUUACCCGUACGGACACGCGCAAUGGCUGCUGGAGAACAGGACCGAUUUCGGAACGAAUCUUUGGGAGGAAUUCUUGGACGAAAAGAAGAUCAUGUGUCGGCAGAUGGCCGGGAAUCACUUCAGCAUGAUGAAAGCGCCGUAUGUGGAUCGUUUGACCGAGUUCUUGCGCGAGGCCUUGGCUUGA